AUGAUAUUUUAAUCUUAGAAUGGAUAUAUCUUUGGUGGAUAUUCUUCAUGUUAAUGGUAAUAGAAUAAAAGUUAUGUUUAAGAUGAUACAUUAUCAUCAUUCUUAUUCUCAUAAACACAUGAUUAAAUCUAUCCUUUGAAAUAGGAUUAAAAAUAAUAUGCCAUAUAUUGUAGUUCUGGAUCUGGACCUAGAUUUGGAUGUGGUCAUGAUAUAUAUAUUGCAGCUGACUUUAAAGAUGGUUAUUCUAAUUUAGGUCAUUCAUAUUAAUGGGAUAAAUAUGAGAAUAACUAAUCUACUCAUUUAUUUGGAUAAGAUAAACCAAAUAUUAGUGAAUGUGAAAUAUUUGAGUUAAAAUUUGUUUGA